UUUAAACUUACAACUUAGUACUUACAAGUCAAUUAAAUAAUAUAUUCUCUGUAUGUGUGGUAUAUAGGGACUAGAACUUUUUGAAUCUAAUUCUAUCUAUUUAUAGUAUUUAAUAUAAAAUCGUUAUGAAUUUGCUGGUUUGGUCAAUUAUUAUUAGUUUUUAUAAUAUGUUUUCAAUCAAAUUUAUACCAAAGUUUGUACUAUGGCUUAUGAAUAUGAAUAAAGAACAUAAAAAAUUAGUCAACGAAAUAUCAGUUUUAAAAAAUGAACAAUCUCAAAUUUCAAUUGUUAAAGAGUUUGCUAAACAUACAAAAUUACAACGAAGAAUCAACAAGUUAAAUGAAGAAUUGAAAACCCAUAUAAGAGAAAAUUCAUCUAAAAAUUUAAAGAUCAAAUUUAUGUGUAAAGUGUCUUUAUAUGCUUUCUCUGUAAUUUUAAAUCUUCUAUUUGUAUAUUACAACUAUCAUAAAACUGUCUUGAGAGAACUUCCAACUAAUUGGUUUAUACCAUUAUCUUGGUUAGUUAGAUGGCCUUCCUCGCAAGUUGGUACAAUGAGUUUUGUCUUUUGGUAUAGUAUCACUAAUUGUGUUGCUAAGGUGACAACUAAUAAUCUAUUAUGAUUAAAAUAAUAAUGAAAAUUAUUGUUGAGUGAUAACUGAUCUUGUGUAAAUUAAGCGUGCAAAUUUACUAGAACAUUUAAUUUUGUAAAACUAUAUUAAUCGUUAAGGAUUUGGGAUUUGUUUGUUAUAUACUAUAAUUUAAUAUUUUCCAGUUGUUAUAUUUGAAUAUUUCCACUUUAUUUGCAAUUUUUAUAAUUGAAAUUUAUUUAUUCUUAUAUU